AUGGGAAGUCUGAAGACCCUGGGCCUGCUGCCCAGUAAGAGCAUGGGCCUCCCCUCCCUCCAGAAGCCUGUGGACAGGCACCGUCUGUCAGGCUUCCUCUACAAUAUCUCCAUGUACCUCCAGGAGAUGGGUGCUGAGCUGGAGGAGCGACAGCUCGUCUCUGACGAGGAACAACUGUGGGAGAAGGUAUUGCAGUCCUUUAUCCAGUCAGAGGGGGGCGCUGCGCUGAACCAGUGGGACACCCGGGAGCCCCCCAGGCCCAGCGUCAGACUCCAGGACUGGUUCCUGUCCCUGAGAGGCAGCCCUCACUGGGACGGGCUGCUGGGGCUUCUGCAGAGCCUCAUGUCCCUGUCUGAGCGGCAACCCCACAGGCCCCUGCUUGACUUCCUGUCCCAGAACUGGAGGACAGUGAGUGCCCUGCUUGAGGCGGCCCUGCAGGCGCUGGUCAGCGGGACCUAUGGCCAGGCCAGCGCCGGGCUGCAGGGCUUCAUCUGUGCCCUUAGGGGCCGCAAUGAAUGUGCCUUCAGUGUCAGCUGGCUAACACAGUUUCUCCGCUUCAUGGAGACACGCAACUGGAAGCCCGUGGUGAACCUGCACCCUGCGGGGAUGGGGGCCAACCAGAGAAGGGGCUCAGCUGCUUUUGGGCGCCUGAAACCCUUCAGCAUGCCCCCCAAGGCCCUGAGAGAUGAGGGGUUGUCUCGGAAUGCCACUCAAGGGGAUGUUGGGGACAGAAGGGACAUGGGGGGAGACCUGGACUCCCUUCAUACACUGCUCCUGCAGGCUUUAUCACGCUCUGAUGGGGGGCAGAGGGCGGGGCAGCUGGCAGAGCAAAACCCUGCCCUGCUGCAGGGAUUGGACGGCCUCAGAAGGGGAUUCUUGCACAGGGUGGGCAGCUCCGUGUACGGCAACCUGAGGAGAAAGGUGUCCCGUGUUACCAUGGCGCUGCUUGAUGAUGUCAGCAGCGUGGUGGACGUGACACAGCUCAAACAUAAGGGCAGAUGUUCCGUAGGUGACCUGAGACAGCUAAUCUUAUGGGGGAUUAGACAUAAUGUCACAUGGAAUGCUCAGGCUCUGGGCUUCAACUCACAGGGGCCUCCCAGCACCCCUCCCUUCCUCUCCUGCCCAGCCAUAGAGGGUGAGAGCGGGGACCCUAGACCCCCACCACGCCCCUCUCGCCCUAGACCAGCCCUGUCACAGCGCAGGGCACCCAAACAGAAACAACCACCCACCUCAACCCCAGUACCCCGCAGUUCCCGUCUCCUCAAGCCCCAGUCCGAGGCAGUAGAAGUUGGCCACAGCCACCUGAGAGAGAUGGGGUACUUUGCCUCAGCAGAGAUCCUGGAAGCAGCGUGUAACGCCUCUAUCCCAGGCCUUACAGGUGUGUCCAACUUCACUGUGUUCCUCUACUGUAACCUGUUUGACGGGGACGAUGGGUCUGUGGACCCGGAGGUUGGUCAGGUUGGACCCGACCUACACGCCACGUGUUCCGACGCCGCCUGGUACCUGUCUGCAGCCGAGGAUGACUUCCUGUGGGUCCACGUCUGCAGCGAGUUCUUCGCUCACCAGUUCAACAACACUGUGUGUGCCAACACCUCCUUUUGGCUGCAGAGAGCACACCAGGCUGCAGAGAUGAAGGACUACCACUACUUCAACCAGUCCAGUAUAGGUGACCUGUGUGUGCAGCUGUCAGGGGAGGUGGUGGAGGGCGGGGGCAGCCCAGGGCCUGACGAAGCCUGCCUGGCCCAGCUGGGCACCAGGUCACUCAGCGCCCAGGACUUCAGACGCUGCUUCCUGCCCAACACUUCUGCUCUGGUCUCAGCCCUGUGUGGCAGCGAGUCCCCUGAGGCCCAUCCCUCCCACCCAUCCCUUCCGGAGGGCAGCUGGGCUGCAGAGUACUGCUCCAGACUCCACAACUUCUCCCACCCUGAAUCCAUAGAAGACACAUGUAACUACAGGAAGUGGAGCCUGCAGCAUUUCACCAACGCCACCCUACUGGAGCUCUGUGGCAGUACAGAGGGGCUGAGGGAGUAUGUUUGUAGCAAUGCCACCCUCUACCGCCGGCUACUCUCAGCCUAUCCUCAGUUCUCUGACCUUUGCGUUGACCUGGAUGUAGAACAGGAGGACAGGAAGUGCUUCCUCCAGUGGUUCUUUGACAUGCUCCCGGCGCCGUACGACUUUGACACAUCACAGCUGUGUGUGAGUCCUGCUCCGCUGCUCUUGGAGGCACUGCACAGGCUGAGUGUGUGUGAGGUGGAUGGGGGUGAACGCGGGGGCUGGGUUGGGGCUGUGGGUUACGUGCUGAGGGUACUGGACUUUGUGGUUGGGCUCUCGGCGGGAUUGGAUGAGGGGGAGGGGGAGGUGAGGCAGGGCCUGGGCCAGGCCAUCCUCCUUUCCAGUCUCCUUGACAACGCUUCAUUCUGGGCAACUCUGCGUCCCGACGCAUCACUGAGCGUGCUCCAAACCGUGGGCUUGUUCCUGCGCAGGGAACAGAGCGCAGCUCUCAAAGAGGACCUGCUCAGCUGCUUCAGUCCUGUAUUAUGGGACCUCAUUGAGAGAGAGGACAACUCCUCUGCCCUCAGAGUCCUAAUGCAGGAGUACCUCCAAAUGCCCAGGGAGAGUAUCCGCACACUGGUGAUGUCAGCAGAGAAAGAUGCGGUGAAGAGGUUUCUGUCUCACAUGCACCAGAGCUGGGACCAGCUGCACGUAGAGACCACUCAGAGAGAACUGCAGGCCAUGGAGACCAUGACGUCCGCCUUCAUCCACAAGUUCCCUCGUGUGACCCCUGACCUCUUCGUCGACCUAUCACAGUUCAUACCUUUCAUGUCCGUCUCUGACAUCAUGAGCUUCCCCACCUCCCUGAUGGUCAACACCAGUGUGUUGAUGGCGAUCCGUGACCACAGCACAGAGAUGAAGUCUCCACAGAAACAGGCAUUUGUGAAGAGGCUCCUGCAGUCCAGUGUAGUGGGAGAUGUCCCUUCCUGGCCACCAUAUUUCCUCAGCUCCAUCCUCCCACUGCUCCCACAUCUCCCAGUCAGCCAAUUUCAACAGCUGACAUCAGACCAGUUACCAGUGUAUUACACCAGAGAGACGAGGGCAUUAUUUCUCAACAGGCUGGGAGUUCUGGUUUGUUACCUGAAACCAGAGGAGCUGCGUCCGUUUCUGCUGGCUUCCCCUGUGUCCUCUGCUCUUUGGCAGCAGCUAGCUCUCUGUGUGUCUGAGGGACUCAUCAGUGAUUCAGGCAAGGCGGUGCGGCCUCUGAAUGCCAGCACUCUACCUCCUCCAGCACUGGCCACCCUCAGGGGUCUACUGCCCCAGCUAGGGUCUUCCUUCCUGCAGUCACUGCCCUCACUACAGCUCUUGGACCUGCUAACACAACCAGGUCUGCCCAGCUUCUCCCCAGCACAGCUCACCAUGGAUACACUGUGCAGGCUGAAACCCUUACUGCCUGGCCUGUCCCCUGCUGUGCUCAGAGGCAUACACUGGUCUGAGAUCAGUGGAACCACUCACUGCCAGUGCUGGCACACUCUACUGGCUGACCUGAAGCCUGCCCAUAGAGCCAUGCUCCACAGGGCACUGCAGGAGGCUUUAGCCAGCAACUCAAGGAACUUCACAGUGCAGCUCCAAUGUCUCCUGCCGUUUGUGCCCCUGAGGGAGCUGAUAGAGGUUCUGGAUAGAGAGACAUUCCUGAGAGAUAUGAGCCUGUACAGAGACCUGCCCUGGUCCCCCCAACAGGCUCAGCUACUUUUCAAGAGGAUCCAUCAAUCUGAAAUCAUUACCAGAGACACUAGGAAAUGCGUUGUAGAGGAGCUGCGGAAGAGACCAGAGGAAGACCUGGAUGGUAUAAGCCCCUGGUUUGCUGCAGAAUUACCGGUGAACCUGAUUGAGAGCCUGUCUAAUACUUCACUGACAGCCAUCCUGGCUCACAUUCAGCAGCACUUUGUGGACUUCCUCAAGCUGCCCCGUCAUAAGCAGAUGGCCUUAGCAGAAAAGGCCAUCACUGUGCUGAGCACCUCUCAGGGCCUGGCUGAGAGGGAGCUCAGGGUGGCCUCUGUGGACCUACUGGGGCCCCUGUUGCCCUUCCUGGACAGGGAUACCCUGGGGCUGGUGGACAGAGGGGCCCUGGGGCUGCAACUGGAUGAGCUGAGGGGGUACUGCCUGCCCUGGGACACCCUGAAGGACUUGGAGAUGGUAGAGUGGGAGGCCUGGGGUGGUUGUGAGCUGGUUAUGGCAGCACUGGGCCUGUGGGUAUAUGUCAUGUAUGCAUUUAUAACAGAAAGCUGGUGUGUGUGUGUUUAUUGUAGAGAGGCAUCGGCAUGGACGGUUGGUGAUGUGGAGCUUGUUGGCAGACUGUUGUUUACUCUCUCUCCAAAACAGAUCAACUCCAUCCCACUGGUGGUGUUGAGUGCAGACACGGUGGAGGAGGUUCUGGCAGGUCAGUGGCGCUGGGAGAACAGUGAUGUGGGUCAGGCCUGUAUGUCCCAGUGUGUGGACCAGAAGGGCCAGAGAGAGAGGAUCCACAGUCUGAUACGGGGGGUUGUCAGAGCACAGAGCAGGAGAAAAGUCCCAAGCUGUGGUGACAUAAGAGGCACCUUCCCCUCAGCAUGGACAGCCAAUCAGCUGAGCCGGAUGGCAGGGGAGGAGUUGAGGCAGUGCGUGGAGGUCAUAGGUCAGGACGCUUCACUGAGCCCUGAGCAGCGCCGAGCACUGUGGGUAAAGCUCAGGCAGGCCUACAGUCCAGUUAGAGGCCUGAGACCAGAGCAGGUCCUGGGGCUCGGCUGUCUGGUCACUGAGCUGGGGGAGAGAGAGCUCCAGGACAUUAACCUGACUGACCUGGGUGUCCUGGCCUACCUGGGGGCUCUGACCGACUGGAGCCCAAAAAAGAUGAGAGCAGCAGUUGUUGGUGUGAUGCGGAAGCAGAAGUUGAAGGUGGAGCAGCUCGGAGCUGUAGAAGUGGCUUCUCUAGGACACCUGCUCUGUGGUUUAACACUGUCAGAGAUCAACAGACUGGACCCCUACAACCUCAGCAUGGCUGCUCUGUUCCUGAGGGAGCUGGCCCUGCCGUGUUCAGAGCAGCAGAUGGAGGCUCUGACCGCCCGUCUCUCCAGUCCUCAGGCCUUUGGCCCCGUCAGUACCUGGGGCCCAGAGGUCUUCACUGAGAUCGGCACACUAGCAGCGGGUCUGGAGGACAUGGUUCUGUCUGCUCUGGUACAGGAGCAGAUGGAGGGGCUCAUCCCCGAAGCUAUCGCCCUGAUUCCCCCCACAAAGAUGGCUGUGGUAUUCAGUGCGGUCCAGCUGUCGUGGCUGAAUGUGGAGCAGGCGUGGGUGGUCACAGAGAAGCAGUGGGCGGAGCUGAACAGUGGGCAGAGACAUGCCUUGGGCCUGGCGCAGUAUGAGGGGGAUGUCCUGUUAGAGCACAGAGGGAGGAAUGUGGCCCCGGCAACACGGUCAGCUGACAGCCUCACUGUGUGCUUAUUGUCUCUAUGCUGUAUGUUAUGGCAACUAUCGUGCAACACACAGUAACCCAUUUGUAUUUAUUUGUUCUUUGACCUUCUUUUAUUGAAUUGUAACAUUUGUACUUAAAAAUAAACCAAACAUUUUGAACUGUGUUCCAUUUGUAUCCUGGAAUGAACCCUUCACCUCAUGCUAUUCAAAUGCCUGACAUACUC